AGUAAAUCUUUAACUUCUAUUUUCUAGAGGUGCCUAUGUGUACAUGGACAAGGGCAGCUCCAAAUAUCUACUGAGCAACGAUAUGGUAGGAGCACAAACAGAGGGACUGUGGGAACACAAGAACUACUGGAAACAUCUCACCCAUUAACAUAUGCAGUUAAUCAACCGGAAGGUUUUUAUUUUUAUCUUGGAGAACACAUUCAUCCAGCGGGCGACAUGGCGAUUGCAGCGCUGGAGUUGAUGGGUUUCUUUUUUGGCCUCUUUGGCAUGCUCGGGACCUUUGUAGCCACUCUCCUGCCAUAUUGGGCAAGGUCCGCACACGUCGGUUCCAACAUCGUGACGGCGGUAGAGAGCAUGAAAGGGCUGUGGAUGGAGUGUGUCUACCAGAGCACUGGAGUCUUCCAGUGUGAGACCUACAACACUCUUCUGGGGCUCACCACUGAUCUACAAGCAGCCAGAGCCAUGAUGGUCAUCUCCUCCAUCAUUUCCGUCAUGGCCUGCGCGGUAUCCACUGUCGGCAUGCAGUGCACUGUCUGCAUAGAUGGCUCUGCAGUCAAGAGCAAGGUGGCUGGGGUAGGUGGUUUCCUUUUCCUCCUGGCAGGGCUCUUGUCAUUGAUCCCCGUGUCUUGGAAUACCCACGAGGUGGUGCAGACCUUCAACAUGCAGAACAUGCCGCCCACUCUAAAGUUUGAGAUAGGUGACUGCCUAUAUGUGGGCUUGGCUUCCUCACUAUCAUCCAUCCUAGGUGGAGGGCUCUUGAGUGCAUCAUGUUGUGACGAUUUGGAUGGUAGCAGGGGAACCAGAAGACAUUACCCCUACCCUGACCGCACAGGACCGCGCGGACUGUCCCAUUUGAUGUCCUACCAUCCAGCCACGCUAAAUUCAACCACAAGCCCCAACCUUGCCAGCAAGAACCAGACCCUUAACAGCCAUAUAAGCAUUGGUACCCACUCCAACAUGCCAGCUCAGGACUCCAGGAAAUCGGCUCGGCAGAACACAGCAGCUGGGUAUGACGCCACAGGCUACGUUUGAGGAUUUGUAUUAGUCGUUCUAUACCAUUUUUUUCUAAAAACACCAGGACUGUUGAAAGACUCUUUCACAUAUUAAGCGAGAUGUUGAAUUAAGGUGCAAGAGGAAUGGACACACUGCCAGAGAAAGAGCAAAUGUGUUUGAUUGAAUAGAAUAUGAGUAGCUUUUGGUUUCUUUUGUCAAAAGACAUUGUUGUUCAAAAUUUCUAACUAAACAUCAAAAUGGCUUUCACUAUAGAUCGACAGAAUAAAUAUGAAAGGCUAAUAUUUGACAUUGACUUUUCAUGUGCUCUGUGAUAAUGUUAACCUUGUUAAGUGCACUUAAAAUUUUGAACAGUUUUUGUAUUCACACAGUAUUUUGCAAUGUAAUUGUUUUUUAUUUACAUUGUUUUAAUUUGUUAAUUACUGUAAUCUUUAAUUUGUUAUUGAAUUUAUAUGCACUCAGUUUGAACACUAAAUGAUCAUAUUCACUUUCUGAAUAAAGAUUUGAGUUGUU